GGCCCCGGGAGGGGGCGGGGGACGGGGCGGGGGCGGCCCGCUGGCAGUCGGGAGCGGGCGGAGCGGCGUGGGACUCGGAGGCCGCUGCGGGCGACGGCGCGGGCCCGGAGGGCCGCGUGUUCUUCACUCCUAGCUGGUGAAGAAUGGGGGAGAUAGAAGGAACAUACAGAAUCCUGCAAACUCCAGGGACACGCUUGGGCACCCAGAUCCCUGCAGGAGUUAGCACCCUCGAGCCUGGGCAGUCUCUCUCGGCAGGAACGGGACAGACAUCGGCCAGAAUGCAAGAGAAGCACCUGCACGUCAGAGUGAAGCUGCUGGACAACACUGUGGAAAUAUUUGACAUUGAGCCUAAAUGCGACGGCCAGACGCUGCUGACCCACGUGUGGAGGCGCUUGAACCUGAUAGAAUGUGACUACUUUGGCUUGGAGUUUCAAAACAGCCAGUCCUGCUGGAUUUGGCUUGAACCCAUGAAACCUAUUAUUAGGCAAGUACGAAGGCCAAAGAAUGCAAUGCUUCGCCUAGCGGUGAAAUUUUUCCCACCUGAUCCGGGUCAGUUGCAAGAAGAAUAUACACGAUACUUGUUUGCCUUGCAACUUAGGAGAGACCUCUUGGAGGAGCGUCUGACCUGCACGGACACCACGGCGGCCCUCCUCACGUCCCACCUGCUGCAGUCGGAAAUAGGAGAUUAUGAUGAAGCCCUGGAUCGAGAGCACCUCAAAGUCAACGAGUACUUGCCCAGCCAGGAGCGCUCCCUCGAAAAGAUACUGGAAUUCCAUCGGAAGCACACGGGCCAGACGCCUGCUGAGUCGGAUUUCCAGGUGCUCGAAAUUGCCCGAAAAUUGGAAAUGUACGGCAUCAGGUUUCACACGGCUUCUGACAGGGAGGGGGCCAAGAUUAACCUGGCUGUUUCCCACAUGGGUGUCCUCGUGUUCCAGAGCACCACCAAAAUUAACACUUUCAACUGGUCCAGGGUUCGUAAACUCAGCUUCAAGAGGAAAAGGUUUCUUGUCAAACUCCACCCAGAGGUCCAUGGACCUUACCAGGACACCCUGGAAUUCUUGUUGGGUAGUAGAGACGAAUGUAAGAACUUCUGGAAGAUUUGUGUGGAGUAUCAUACCUUCUUCAGACUUUUUGAUCAACCUAAGCCAAAAGCAAAAGCUGUCUUCUUCAGCAGGGGCUCCUCCUUCAGAUACAGUGGGAGAACUCAGAAACAGCUAGCAGAUUAUGUCAAAGACGGUGGGAUGAAGAGGAUUCCAUAUGAAAGGAGACACAGCAAGACUCGGCUGUCUAUCCGUGCUCUGACUGCGGACUUGCCAAGGCAGAGCAUCUCAUUCACCGAGGGCGUGAGGACUUCUGCAUCCCCAUCUGCAAUAAAUGCCUCCUUCUAUUCGGUCCCUACCUCCCCUCUGGCCCCUCCUGGCCCGCCUGAUUUCAAGGACAGCAGCGGCUCCCUAACGGAGCCCCAGGCUGCUGACGUCAAGAGGCCAGCUGCAGAGAGGAGCAGUGGAGCAGCAGCCGAAGGCCCUGACUCGAGAUGGGCCCAGCCCCCCGGGGCCCCUGCGCUCCAGCCUUGUCAAGGCCUGACCAUGGAGAGUCCUCAGCCUUCUCCCUCCACCCAGAAGAGCCCGCUGAGCCUGAGCCCCGCGUUUCAGGUGACUCUGGGCCCAGCUGAGCAGGGCUCGUCUCCCCUCCUGAGCCCUGUCCUUAGCAACGCUGGCGGAGCCAGGAUGGACGACGAGGAAGAGCCAAAGCACAAGAAAUUGGUGAGGACCAACAAUAUUCGAAAGUGCACAGCAGCAGAUGAAGCCUAUUUCAUAGCAAAGGAGAUUCUCGCUACAGAACGAACAUACCUGAAGGAUUUAGAAGUUAUCACCGUGUGGUUUCGCAGUGCGGUGGUCAAAGAGGAUGCCAUGCCUGCAGACCUGAUGACCCUGCUCUUCUCCAACAUUGACCCCAUCUACGAGUUCCACAGAGGUUUCCUGCACGAGGUGGAGCAGAGGCUGGCACUCUGGGAAGGAUCUUCCAAUGCCCAUGCCACAGGUGGUCAUCAACGAAUCGGGGACGUCCUACUAAGGAACAUGCAACAGUUAAAGGAGUUUACCAGCUACUUCCAAAGGCAUGAUGAGGUCCUGACAGAACUGGAAAAGGCCACGAAACGCUCUAAGAAGCUAGAGAUGGUGUACAAAGAGUUCGAGCUCCAGAAGGUCUGCUACUUGCCUCUCAACACGUUCCUACUGAAGCCCAUCCAGCGACUGGUGCACUACCGCCUGCUGCUGAGCCGGCUCUGUGGGCACUACGCGCCCAGGCACCGUGACCACGCCGACUGCCGCGACGCCCUCAAGGCCAUCACAGAAGUGACAUCCACACUCCAGCACAGCCUCGUCCGGCUGGAGAAUCUCCAGAAGCUGACGGAGCUCCAGAGGGACCUGGUCGGCAUUGAGAACCUCAUCAUUCCCGGCAGGGAGUUCAUCCGCGAGGGCUGCCUCCACAAGCUCACCAGGAAGGGCCUGCAGCAGAGGAUGUUCUUCCUGUUCUCAGAUAUGUUGCUGUACACAAGCAAAGGUGUCUCGGGGACCAGCCACUUCCGGAUCCGGGGCCUCCUUCCGCUCCGCGGCAUGCUGCUAAUAGUGCUGGAUCCACCGGUAGAAGAAAGCGAGAGUGAAUGGUCUGUUCCACACUGUUUCACCAUUUAUGCAGCUCAGAAAACAAUGGUGGUAGCAGCCAGCACACGGCUGGAAAAGGAGAAGUGGAUGCACGACCUGAACACUGCGAUCGAAGCAGCCAAGAGUGGUGCUGACGCGUCCCUGGCGCUGCCAGGCAGCAUGGUGUGCACUCCACCCCACAGAUCCUCCGACGAGGUCUCUCUGGAGCAGGAGUCAGAAGAGGACGCGCGCAGUACCCACAGCUCCCUGGAGGGGCAGGGCCAGCACCGGGCCAACACCACAGUGCAUGUAUGCUGGUACCGGAACACCAGUGUCUCCAGAGCUGACCACAUAGCAGCCGUCGAGAACCAGCUCUCGGGAUACCUGCUGAGGAAGUUCAAGAACAGCACCGGCUGGCAGAAGCUCUGGGUGGUCUUCACCAACUUCUGUUUGUUCUUCUACAAAACUCAUCAGGAUGACUACCCACUGGCCAGCCUCCCGCUGCUGGGCUACAGCGUGAGUGUCCCCAGGGCGGCCGAUGGCAUCCACAAGGAGCACGUCUUCAAGCUCCAGUUCAAAUCCCACAUCUACUUCUUCCGGGCCGAGAGCAAGUACACGUUUGGGAGGUGGAUGGAGGUGAUUGAGAGAGCCAGCAGCUCGCCCGGGAGGCCCGGGCCCCCGGAGGAAGAGGCAUGAAGCCCACAUGCCUGGAUGAGCAGAGCCGAGGAAGCAGAGCAGGGUCGGCACGUGCCCCGAGACUGCUUGUCCUGAGUCUUCCCACUGGACUGGCAGUGGGGGUCCUCACAGUAACAUCUGGGAGGGUGUCAGCCCCCCGAGACAGUGCAGUCCCUCAGCGCUGUGGGACGCUGGGAAGCAUACACACCAAGUGGAGACGCCAGGCCCAGUUCAAGUGCGGUGACCAACGCCAGUGCCCGGCUGCCCUCUCCUCCUCCCGAGCAGGGCCUACAACAGGAACCUCGGGGGCCCCCCCGCGCACCCUCUUAGGCUGCACCAUCUCUGACAUGUGCUGCGCACAGUCCCAGAUGCCCUGUCCUUCAGUCUGGGUGAACCAGGGGUUGGGGCACGACCCUCAUGUGACAACAACUGCGCGAAAGUCCACAGACGCCCUCUGGUGCCCACCCCACAUACCUCUGGAGAAGUGGAAACCAAAGUCCUGCAUGGUGCUGGAGGGCGAGGGCCUCUAAUUUAUGAGCACCUGAGUGUUUCUUAACAAUGCAAGUAGACGUACACACACUCUGCAUUCGCGCUAACAUGCGUGCAGUUAAAAUAGAGGGCACUCCCAGCGCGCCACCCUCUUU